CACGUGACGGGCGUAGGGGAAUGAUCCACUGGCUCACAUGAUGCACUGGCUUGUUAUAAUAGAGUAUAAAUUGCUCAGUGCCAGUUAUGUGGGUUCUGUCUCUGUUAAAAGAGGAAGUAUGUCUGAUACUGGACUGAGCAAAAAACAUGCCCUGCCCCUCAGUUAAGCCCAAGGUUAUAUCUAUUGUCUCUCUCUUCCUCUUAAUGGUGUAAAGACUGCCACUUCACACAGCAGGAGGAGGAAAGUUGGCAUAAAGCUACUUUAGAUCAGUCUGAUAAAUUGCUAGGGUAUGAGAUAACUGUCUAUAUCCUGCUGCAUGUGUCAUUCAGUGCAAGGUCACUGAGAGAGCCGGCAUUCCCACCCACUGUCAGUUGUCAACUUGAUGUAAAACUAGUUUCUGUGAAGUCUGCUCAUCUAUUGCAUAGCACAUUGUGCAAUUAACACUUUUUCUACAUCCUCAGUGACGUGUGGAUUUAUUUGGAGUGACACCAUAAUAACAUUAUUCAAGAAAAAAAUGCAGUCAGCAGAAGGAGGAAAACAGAAUUUUGAUGACUUACCAUCUACAUUUGCGAUAGUGGGCACUAUAGUCCAUUCGACAGAACUGAGCACUAUAACUGUUAUAGAGAAUGGUGUGUUGCACGUUGCAGAUGGAAAGAUUGUGUCUGUGGGUUUGGGAGGUGAUGCGCCUGAAGGGGUUACCACAGUGCGUCUAACAUCAAACCAGUUCCUGAUGCCCGGCCUCAUCGACUCGCACAUCCAUGCACCGCAGUACCCGAACAUGGGCCUUGGCUAUGACAAGACUCUACUAGAUUGGCUCGACACAUAUACCUACCCUAUGGAGACCAAGUACAGUGAUGUCGAGUUUGCACAGACUGUUUACAGAAAAAUUGUGGAAAGAACUCUGCAGUGCGGGACGACGACAGCGUGCUACUUCACGACGAUCCAUCCCGAGACGGCACUGCUGCUGGCCCAGGAGGCGGCAGCGCAGGGGCAGCGCGCACUCGUCGGCAAGGUCUGCAUGAACAUCAACGCUCCCGACGACUACACUGAGACUACAGAACAGUCCGUCACGAGCACCCAGCAGUUUGUACAGGACGUCGCCAAUCUGGGGUGUGAUUUGGUAAAGCCAGUCGUUACACCACGAUUUGCCAUUAGCUGUGAUAUGGAACUCAUGACGAAGCUUGGGAAGUUGGCUCAGGAGAAUAAUCUUCAUGUACAGUCGCAUAUAUCAGAAAAUGAGGGUGAGGUGCAGACAGUGGCAGAAAUGUAUCCCGACUGUGCGAACUAUGCCGAAGUGUACGAUAAGGCAGGUUUACUGACAAGCAAGACAGUGAUGGCCCACGGAGUCCUGCUGAAACCUGAAGAAAUCACUCUGCUGAAGAAGAGGGGGACAUCGAUAUCUCACUGUCCCACAUCCAACAUCAACCUACGUUCGGGUGUCUGCCCCGUGCGGACGUUGCUACAGUCCGGCCUCACAGUCGGUCUCGGAACAGAUGUGUCCGGAGGCAGCACAGAGUCACUGCUGGAUGUGAUGCGCAAUGCCCUCAGUGUGUCUGUGCAGAAGGGCUUCGACGACAGCUCUCAGCAGCCUCUGAGUUACCAGGAGGUCUUCUACUUGGCCACCAUGGGAGGAGCCAAUGCUCUCUCUAUGGGCAACGAAGUGGGAUGCUUCAAGGCGGGCAUGCAUUUCGACGCGCUGGUUGUAGACUUGAAUGCCGGCCCCGGCACUGUCGUCUUUGAAGACCUGCCACUGAAGCCCCUGGAAAUGGUGCAAAAGUUCAUCUACUGCGGCGACGACCGAAAUAUCACUGCCGUGUUUGUCGAAGGGCGCGAACUCAAGGCGACAGCAGCCGCCGAUGUGCGGCAGUUUGACUGAUAAACUGCUGAGCUGGGUACAGCAGUGUGCUGCUAAAGUACACUAAAUUACUUGCGACACUUUCACCUCACUUUACAAUAAUGUAUUCUGUUGUACGAACAGAAUAAUUCUUAAGAAUUUAGCCAGUUUUAGCUGCCUGUGAAUAUAAUAAUUGAAGCAUUCUCUAGAACACCGACUUAACUGCAAUCAAAAUUGGUCAGAAAUUCUUACAUAUUACACUACCAUGUCAUAUACUAUGAAACAAAAAUACUUCAGCCGCACUGUCUGAGGUGUCUGGUCACGGUUGGUGCAGCUCCCCCUGUCGGUGGUUUGAGUCCUCCCUUGGACACGUGGGUGUGUGUGUGUUGUCCUUAGCAUAAGUUAGAUUAAGUAGUGCAUAAGCUUAGGGACUGACGACCUCAGCAUUUGGUCCCAUAAGACCUUCCCACAAAUUUCCAAAAAACAUUUCAUUUAUAUUUGACUGAAAUUUAGUCAAUCCAAGAGUGUUUGAAAUGAAUUUUAAAGAACCCUAUUUAAAAUGUUUGAUGCUCUUUAUCUCUAUCCCAGUAUAUUUCAUUUAAGAAGUUGUUCCAGAGAAUGCUCUACUUGUAACACUGAUAGAACACAUGGAAAUUUUAUUAAGGUUUUUUUUUCUAAAAUAAGCUGAUCACUUUUAAAGAACUCUCCAUUAUUCUUCUUCUGUUUGUCCAGUUGGAAGUGGUAGCUCCUGUGUAUUUCUCUCUACUGUUUUUUUUUUUUUAUGUUGUCAAACAGUAACACAGCCUGGAUUUGUGUGGGCAGCACUAUGAUGACUUGUUUGUAAUGUGUAGUGAUUGCAUAAACAUCCCUCAUGAGUCAGUCUGUGUGUUAGUGAAAACUAUAUCAAAAUACCUACAGUAGAUCCCGAAUACAGACAAGAACUGUAAUGGCAGACUUUAAUUUAUAAUAUGUGUAGGUUGGUAUCCUAUCAUCUCCCAUUUCCCAUAUGCAAACAAACAGAAAUAAUGUGAAGCAAGGUCAGGUGCCUUAGGUGCACACCACGAGGGAGCUAUGCUGAUUUUGGCCAAAAAUUUCUGCAGUAAGAUGGCUAUAUGAAAGCUACAUUGCGACAGUGGGUGGAACCCAGCCAGUCGUCUGUUACAAAUUGGGUCUCCCUUGUGCACACAAUUCUACAAUAUUCUCGGACCCUGCAAAUAGGAAAACUGAUUAACAGUCUGACCUAGUGGAAGCAACCCUGCAUGUUUUACCCACUCCCUCACAUAAAAAAGUUUCAUAAAGCAGUCUUCCAGGUGCUAGCUUUGCUACAAUUUGAUUUACUAGUUAUGACACAGUGUUGACUCAUUGCCAGAAAUAAUAAUUCUGGAUUGGUUUGGAGCUGGUUAUUGCAAACACUUUCUCUUUUGCUAGUCUGAGGCUGAGUAUCAAAUCUGGCAGUGACACCCCCCCCCCCCCCCCCCCCUCUCUAUGUUAAAAUCUGCUGAACUGAAAUACAGGAAAUCCACUUUCAAUGUAGUACUUUGUUUGGGAAGAGACAUAGUUAGUUAUUUGGAAUUAAGCUUAAAAUUAAAAUGGUAACUGGUAGGAAGAAGAACCGCAUAUGAAGAGAGAUCGUGACUGGGGUUGGAAUGUGAGAGAAAGAAAGUAUUUGUUGCAGUGCUGAAUGAUUACAGCGAAAUGAAGAAAGCUGAGAGGAAGAGAUGGUAACAGUAUUCCAGAACAACAGUUGAUAACAAGGGUGCCUGUGGAGAAGAGGAAAUAGGAACAAAAACAGAUGAAAUUAAAGGGGAGGGAUACAAAAAAUAAGGGUGAACAGAAAGUGAUAGGCUAGUGUAGAUCAGGUUUAGUGACAUAUCAGAAUAAAAACCCUAUAUAUCAACGAGGAUGGAACAUAAGGCUCUAAAAGUCUGCUGAAGUUUAAGCCAUAAGAGAUUGAGCAUCAACUCAGAUCUAGGAGGAACCAUUGCAGCAUUGCAUUAAGUUAUGUAGAUAAACCAUGAAAAAUGUGAAUAUGGGUUGCUAAAUGGGAUCACUAUUCUCCCACAUGCCUUAACCACUGUGGCAUUUUGUUCAGUAAAUAUCAACAAGUCCUCUACGCUUUAUGAAUAGGUUAUGAUUUUAUUUGGUGAAUUUCGUAUGCAACACAGCAAAUCAUGACUGACAGUCAUCUCAGGGUCCUCACAGGAAAUUUUUUUUAUUAUCAUUAGGCCUUUAGAGCAAUAGACAAUUUUUUUUAUAUGUAUAACAAUUAUUACUUUAGCAUAUAGAACUGUUUGGCCAUGUCAGUUGUUAGCUUACAAUUCUUUUAAUUCAAGCAGGCAUUGGCAACAAGCCAUUCAUUUAAUGUUUUCCUAAAUUCCAUAUGACAUAGCACUUUGAAAAAGUGCGGAAUAAAAUGUUUUAACUUAAGCUUCUGGUACAAAUUUCAUAAGACAUCUUAAUAAGUAAAUUACUCUGGAUAAUUAAAAUACAUGAGUGUUAAUAAUGUGUUGUUCCCAGGACAAUUUGUCAUACAGGUAUACCCUUAAGAGCUUUAUGUAACAGGGAUCACUAAAAAGACUUUUGUCCUUUAGACUAAAUACCAUCUUUUGUGUUUUGUUCUUGUUCAGGACAAACCAGUAUGAUGCUUAGGCAAGUGUGUUGUCAGCAGAUCUUAUUUAGAUCAUUGUUGUAGUUUAGGAAGGUAAUAUCUUCUGCAAAUAGCACUAUUUUGGGACUUAUAAAGGAGGGUAGGUCAUUGAUCAUUCAAAAACAAAAAAGGUCCCAAUACAGGUCCCCGCAAAAAUAUUUGAAAUUUUUGAAAAUGAGCAGACGACUGAUGGUCAAUGAUGUAUUCCAUUAUUUUGGCCAUGGCUGGGACUCUUUACAUUGGUCUGAAACUUGCAGGGUUGUCUUUGUCAUCCUUUUUAUACCCAGGAACCACACUAUGCAAGGAAUCAUUUGUGUUUACUGAGAACACCAAAGGAGCUAUUACACUUCUUGGACUGGCUGGAUUUCACUGUUCAUGGUGAGUGCCAGGAUGUAGACAGACAAAUAUGCAGAUAACUUUGUCCCUUCCAAUAUGUCAUCUUUGGGAAGUUCUGUCUCAGUGCAUUAAGCACACAUUACUUUUUAUUUAUGACCUCAUAACUCUUUGACUGAGACAUGAAUGUUGAAGUGGAAGUUUUGCUCACUGGAGGCAGCUACCACCAGGUUGGUCAGCUGAACAGGUCUCGUAUAAUUUUCAGUGAUGAGGUUUCUAAUUUUGCUGCUACUUGCCUUAAUUGUCUGUUCAUGGUUUUUACUUAUUUUUAAUAAGUGCCAGACCAGGGAAAAAUAUGGGGAUAUUUCGACAUACAUACAGCAGUAUUGUACCUAGCUUCAGGUGCAGGUGAUUAGGUUAGCAAAACUGGUAAUUUUAAGUUGUUAUACCAAAAAGAGGAAGAAUAGAAAAUAAUUGCACAGUAUUUGAGCAGCUUUAAGAAACAAAGUGGCAUUAUUAUGUAUAUUCAGAACAUUUGCUCAACAUGGUGAUGAAGAAAUAAUAUACGUAUUUCCUGGUAUCUGGAUAGAAAUGAAAAGACCUUAUCUCUGUCUGUGGAUAGUAUCAGUGAAAGAAAACAAUUGUUGUGUCGAGAUUUUACUGCAUUUAAAUGUUGCCUCAAAUGUAAAAGUAUUUCAUAAGAAAGAUAUUUUGGUAUGCCAUUAAUGCAUUUAAUUACAGUAUACAACAAUAACUGACAAUGUGACAAAGUACUUACAUAACAAAUUAAAUGUUGUGUCCACUAAGAUACUUAAGUUUUUCUGCUGCUUAGUAAUAACUGUUUAUUUUUAUUUUUUAAGAAUACAUGUGUGUUUUUGUACUGAAGUUUAUGUCAACCAUUAUGAAUUUAUAAUAAAAAGGAAAUGUAUUUAA